GAAACAAAGUCUCACCAAUUUAUUUGAUUAGCCAUGCCUCAAUUAUUCAUUGGCAAGAUAUUUUAACAACGCAUGACGAUGUACCAAUCUUCUUCAUCUCUUUGCUAUAAAGAAUACCAUUCUUCUUAAAAAAAAAUUCAUGACGAUCAUCAUGUCGGGAUUAAAUCUGCUUUUUCCUUUUCUCUCACUCUUUGUUAUCUUUACUCCAAACUUCACUCUUGUUGCUGGACUUUCUGGUUGUGGUCCCCACCAUAUUCAAGCACUUGUGCAAUUCAAGAACGAGUUUGAUUACAGCGGUUGCAACCAAACUGACUACUUCAAUGGAGUCAUGUGCGAUAACAUUACGGGUGAGGUCACGAAGCUACAACUCCCAAGUGGCUGCUUCACUGGAGUUCUCAAAACCAACAGUAGUCUCUUUGGAUUUAACCAUCUUCGUUACCUCAAUCUCUCUUACAACAAGUUUACCUCCUCUUCACUCUCGUCUGGAUUCGGCAGUCUCAACAAGUUAGAGGUCUUGUCUCUUUCCUCUAAUGGCUUCAUAGGUCAAGUUCCUUCCUCAUUAAGUAACUUGAGUCGGCUAACCGAGUUGUAUCUUGACCAUAACGAGCUCACAGGUGGUUUCCCACUCGUACAAAAUAUAACCAGCCUCUCCAUUUUGAACCUAUCUCUUAAUCACUUCUCUGGAGCCAUCCCUUCCUCUCUCCUCACUAUGCCUUUCUUGUCAUAUCUUAAUCUCGAUGAAAAUCAUCUCACCGAUCCUGUUGAAGUUCGUAGCUCAUCUACUUCUUCCCGGCUCGAAACUCUGCACCUUAGAAAAAACCCUUUCGAAGGAAAAAUCCUAGACCUUAUCUCAAACUUCACCACCCUUAAAUAUCUUGGCCUUUCUUUCCAAAACAUAAGCUACCCAAUUAACUUAAACUUUUUUUCCUCUCUCAAAUCUUUGUUGAGACUUGAUCUUUCCGGUAAUAGUGUAUUGGAAACUAGUAUAAGUUCAGAUUCAGACGUCCCACGUAACAUAGAGAAAUUGCUCUUGUCAAGCUGUGACAUCAGCAAGUUCCCAGAAUUUGUACGGAGCCUUGAUAGAUUGGAACAUAUAGACAUUUCCAAUAAUAAAAUUAAAGGGAAAGUCCCUGAGUGGCUUUGGAACCUUCCUCAUCUGAUCAGGGCCAAUCUUGUCAACAAUGCUUUCACUCAUUUAGAAGGUUCAAAUGACGUUUUAACGAAUUCAUCGUUGAGGAUAUUAGAUUUGGCUUUAAACCAUUUUGAAGGACCAGUUCCUACUCCACCACUCUCUAUCAACCUCUUUUCUGCAUGGAACAAUAGUUUCACAGGAAACAUACCUCUUUCAGUUUGCAACCGGAGCUCGCUGGUUAUUCUUGAUCUCUCCUACAACAACUUAAGCGGUCCGAUUCCUCGAUGUUUGAGUAACCUCAAAGACUCUCUCGUUGUCGUGAAUCUCAGGAAGAACAACUUGGAAGGAAGUAUUCCAGAUAUGCUCUACAAUGGUUCGUUGCUGCGGACACUUGACGUAGGCUACAAUCAAUUAACUGGGAAGCUUCCAAGGUCUCUUCUGAAUUGCUCUUCGCUAAGGUUUGUAAGUGUGGACAACAACAAAAUCAAAGACACAUUUCCUUUUUGGCUCAAGGCUUUGCCUGGUUUACAAGUCCUUACCCUUCGUUCAAACAAAUUUUAUGGCCCUGUAUCUCUUCCUGGUGAAGUUCCUCUUGCGUUUCCCAAGCUGCACAUACUUGAAAUAUCGGAUAACAACUUUACAGGAAGCUUGCCAUCAAAUUACUUUGUGAAUUGGAAAGCAUCAUCACUCGAGACGAAUGAUGAUGGAAGAAUAUAUAUGGGAGACUACAACAACGCUUAUUAUAUCUACGAAGAUACCAUGGACUUGCAAUACAAAGGUCUAUUCAUGGAGCAAGGAAAGGUCCUCACUUCCUAUGCCACCAUCGAUUUUUCUGGAAACAGAUUUGAAGGACAGAUUCCUGAAUCCAUUGGUCUUUUGAAGGCACUGAUUGCUCUCAACUUAUCAAACAAUGGAUUUACUGGUCAUAUUCCUCUGUCUAUGGAAAAUGUUACAGAGCUCGAGUCACUUGACCUGUCAGGAAACAAACUCUCGGGGACUAUUCCUAAAGGACUUGCGAGACUUUCAUUUUUGGCGUACAUAAGUGUGGCUCAUAACCAGCUCAUAGGCGAAAUACCACAAGGACCACAGUUUAGUGGGCAAGCUGAAACAUCAUUUGAAGGAAAUGCAGGUCUAUGUGGUCUUCCUCUCCAAGGAAGUUGCUUUGCACCACCACCGACACAACAGUUUGAGGAAGAAGAUGAAGAGGAAGGUGUUUUAAACUGGAAAGCGGUGGUUAUAGGGUAUGGACCUGGCUUGUUAUUUGGAUUGGUAAUAGCACAUGUUAUUGCUUCAUACAUGCCAAAGUGGUUUGUCAAGAUAGUUGGUCCGGAUAAGCACAAGGAAGCAGAUCCAGCUAGCUUGUUUGACUCUCUAGAUUCAAGAUGGGACAGUUCUAGUAAUCAUAUGUAAAUAUAGUAUGUUGAUAAUUAAUUUGUUACUGAGGUAAGAAAUAAGUCUUACAAGUUUCUAUAACCUUUGCUCUCUUAAAUGAAACCUCUCACUUGGCCGAUGA